AGAUGUUAACGCUGUAUCCGCAGUAGCACAGAGGCCACACGGGUGCACCGGAGCAUGGAGCUGGUGUUGGUGCAACAUGCAUUUGAGUACACAGCGAAGGAUGGUCGCCUUGUGUCCAUUAAGCCCAAUGAAAGUUACAUCCUGGUCUCCAAGACCAAUGAACACUGGUGGCACGUCUGCAAAGACCAGAACGCCAAACCUUUUUAUGUCCCUGCGCAGUAUGUGAAGGAGCUCCCAUCAGUUACUGAAGACCCUCCUAGACCUGAUAAGCUGGAUUCAGAUGAGCGUGCGACUAACAGUAAGCCAGUGGAUAUGGCUAAUGUAACAAAACGUAAAGUGACCCACGUAUCAGCUCAGGAUGCUUCACGAGAGACGUACAGGUUCUCCACUUUUGGUUUCUGUGAGAACAUACCAGAUGUGAAGACGCCCUGUGAGACUCUGAAGGAUGGAAAAACCACCAGGAACUCCUCAAACAGUCAGGAUAACAUAAAAACACAUGAUUCAACAGAAGGCUGUUCAUUUCCCUCUGAACCUCCAAAUACUGACAUCAUGCAACUGUAUACAAAACCUCAUCUUGUGCCAAAGGUCAAAAAUGGACAGUCAGAGAGCUCACUGCAGGAUGAUAAAGCACAACAGACUUUACAUGAAAAUGAGGAUAUGGACUUCCCUUUACCCCCUAGUUCACCCAUAUAUGACACCAUACCAGAGAUAAACAUCCCAGAGUUUGACACCUUUCCUGAGCCGCCUGCUCCUGUUGCUCCAGAUGACACAUUAAAGCACGAGCAGAAAAAUCAAACCGCAGAACAAACUUCAUCUCCAGAUGAACCUCCCACUGAGCAGGUGGAGAAUGAAAGUCUCAAGUCAGCCGUGUACGUCAACGUAGCACAACUUCGCAAAAGCAUAUCCGAGUCUCCCCCCUCGGCUCCUUCAUCCUACUCUCCUUCCUACCUUGACCCAGAGGGAUGGGAGGUGCAUGUUGACCAAGACAGUGGACAGGAGUACUACUACCACCCCUCCACGGGGCGCACCACCUGGGACAGCCCCUUCGUCGACUCCCCCACGGACCCUGAGCCACCUUGUUCCCCCUCGCCUCCUCAGUCUCCCGCCCUUUCUCAAUCCACCACCUCCCCCCCUGCGUGGACCUCCGACUGGGAGCAGCUGGUGGAUGAGACCAGCGGUCGCCCCUACUUCUACAACCCGAUGUCUGGGGAGACGUCCUGGGAGCCUCCAGAGCAGCUGAGCCCGUACCCCCCUCUGAUGGAGCCUAUGAGUGUGCACAGGUUUCACGAGGACGGGCCGCCUCCUCUACCUGAGGAGGACUACCCCUCAGAGGAUUACCCAGCUGCUGAACAGCCAGAGGGAUACCCGGAGCUCCUCGCCAUGGGACCUCCCACCCUCCCUAAAGAGUACACCCUCAGCCAUGUGAGCCGGACCAUCAUCCCCCGGGCCAACCUGGACCGCAGCACCCCUUCUGGUUGGAACCUCAAUGUGGAACCCAAUGGGACCUGGGUGUUCACCUGUGAACACUCUCCAGAGCAGUGGAUCAAGUCCAGGGAUGAUCGAGGGCAGACCUACUACUACCUUAGAGACGGCUCCAAGUCUCAGUGGAACUUGCCUGAGGUCCCUGUAGCUCCAGGCCAUUCCAGAAUGGAAAAUGGCGUCGAGGCAGACAACGCGUCAGUCAUCAAGAACUGGAGACACACCAUGGGACCUGCACAGUUCAGCUCAGCCCAGGAUGAUGGGAGGUUCGUCCCCACUCACAGGAGGAACACGUCCGACUACAGCAGCGACAGCUCCAGUACAGGAAACUCACCAGAGACACAGCAUAACGUGCAGAACUUAGAGAAAGCCGGAAUUCUCAACAAAACAAAAGUGUGUGAGAACGGCAAGAAAGUGAGGAAAAACUGGGCCCAGACAUGGACAGUGCUCCACGGAGGAGUGCUGACGUUCCACAAAGACCCAAAGUCUGCAGCAGCAGGGGCCUCGAACAAGACCAAUCAGAUUGUUCCAGAGGUCACGGUGGACCUGCGCGGAGCGACGAUUGGCUGGGCCUCAAAGGACAAAUCCAGCAAAAAGAAUGUUUUAGAGUUAAAAGGCAAGAACGGCACGGAGUUUCUGAUACAGUACGACACAGAAAGCAUCAUCACCGACUGGCACAAAGUUUUAGUCGACACCAUACGACAACUGGAGUACCAGGACCAUCAUUCAGAGGAGGAGGACGGGGACUUGUAUGAGAAGAUCGCCAACACAGAGCGAGAUGACAAGUCUGGAGGCGGCAUGGACAGGCGAAGACCCUCCAGGCCGAGUGUCACGCACUCAUCCAGCUCUGCAGGAGACACAGACCAGAAGAGGGUUCGAACCAAGCUGAUGAAGUUCCUCAUGAAACGCCCCACGCUGCAGUCGGUGAAGGAGAAAGGCUACAUCAGAGACAAUGUGUUUGGUUGCCAUCUGGCCACACUGUGUGCACAGGAGAGGACCACUGUUCCUAGUUUUGUGGAGAAAUGUAUCAGAGCAGUAGAAAAGAGAGGUUUAGACAUCGAUGGGCUCUACAGAGUGAGCGGCAACCUCGCCAUCAUUCAGAAACUACGCUUCAAGGCAGAUCAUGAGGAACUGGACCUGGAGGACGGCCAGUGGGAGGACGUUCAUGUCAUCACUGGAGCGCUGAAGUUGUUUUUCCGAGAGCUUCCUGAGCCGCUUUUCCCAUACAGCCACUUUAAUAAUUUCAUCACAGCCAUCAGAAUUCCUGAUUACAAUGCAAAAAUGUCUUGCAUGUAUGAGCUGGUCAGAUCACUUCCUCUUCCAAAUCAUGAUACCAUGAAACUCCUUUUUGGGCAUUUACGCAGGGUCAUAGAGUAUGGAGAGGACAAUCGCAUGACUGUGCAGAAUGUGGCAAUUGUAUUCGGCCCGACUCUGCUUCGGCCUGAGAUGGAGGCGUCGAACAUCGCCAUGCACAUGGUCUUUCAGAACCAGAUCGUGGAGUUCGUCCUGAACGAAUACGAGCGAAUCUUCUCCAGCUAAAGCAGUCGCAAGCCUCCAGUGCGGACCCUGGGCAAACAUCUCAAUGUGCUCAAGUUAUUUGAAGUGCUAGAUUUACAGUUUUGCAUGCACACAAACAGCUUCAGUGCAACAUCUAAAAUCAAAAUCCUCUUGUAACAUAUGUUGAAGGGCUCUUCAAGUUUUCUUUGCUCGGAAUAUUUGAGGUUUAACCACGUAAAAAAAAUUUGAUAAAAGGGAUCUUCAAAUGGUCUUUGCUAAGAAUAUUUGAAGCAUGUUUAACCACUGUUCCGUCCAGAUUUACUCCAUAGGAGGCUGACACUGUUAGGACUUUAUUUGGCAGUAUUGUGGCCACACAGGUGUAAACAGAUGUGGUUUGAUUUCCCGUCUGGGAGCUACUGAGCUUAUUUUUUUGGGUGGAAGAAGGACUGUAACAGAUUGCUCCAUGAGAUUCUAACUGUCUUAAGCUCACACGUCACUUUCUGGAGAUUUUAAUUGUUUAUUUUUAUUUUUAGCUUUUUGAAAUCGCAGUGAUAAUAGAACCCAAGUCAAACCUGGACGCAUUAACGCUCUCUUAAAGGAAUCAUCAUCGAUUGCUUCCAUCUUUGUUUUAGAAAAGUGGAGUGACAUUUAAAUAUUGUUCUGACUUUGAAAUUACAGUGUAUCACAUAUGGCAAUAACUGAGACUGUAUUCUAAUAUUGUGUCAUUUUUACCCAUGAAUUUUAUUGUAAUAUAGAAAUGUAUAAAAAGAAAUAUUAAUACCAACAUCUUGCUGUGAAAUAGAUGGUGACAUAGACGACUUGUGCAACCUAUAGAUUAUUUUCCACCGAAUAAAAUGCCAUUUUUUUU